AUGUCGAUAUCCCAUUCUCACAGCUUGCGCGCUUUGCUCAACGACACACCCAGCGAGGCUGCAGCCACCGUGGUCCCGCCCACCAUCCAGCUGCCCCCCAUCUCGUCGUUCGACAACCUCGUCAAAGCCGCCGAGUUCUCGUCCACAAGAACCACCGGCUUGGCCUCGUGUGCCAGCAUCUCGUCGUUGAGCUCUGUCUCGGCCAGCGCCAUGACCAGUGCCAACACCAGCGCCAACACCAGCGACACAGAAGACCACGUCUACAGCCCAUACCACACGGCAAACACACCUCAGCUACAAAACCAGCUACAAAACCAGCUCACUCGCAGCUCGAACCUGGCAGUGGCUCCCAGCUCGAAGAAGCUCAGAAAGAAGAAGCAAUGCCACAUCUGCAAGAAAUUCUACGCCAACCUGUCCACGCACAAGUCCACGCACAUCACACCGGAAAAUAGACCACACAAGUGUGAGAUUUGCCAUCGAGGAUUCGCAAGAAAUAACGAUCUGAUAAGACACAAGAAAAGACACUGGAAGGACAAUCUCGACACUGCCGAUUCUGCAGUUGCGCUAGACAAUUCCAGCUCGACUUCCCCGGUCGCCGUUUCCUUUUUCGGCACGCCGAGGUUCCCCGCUGUGAAAAACGAAGAUCCGGAAAAUGAAGAUACGAAUCCGAGUGCCAGCAGUGGCAGUGGCAGUGGCAGUGGCACAAACACCAGUUCCAUCUCGUUACGUACGCUACACAACUUGCAAGGAGCCUACAAGUGUCCUUACAAUUCGUCGCUAAUUCAAUUGGAUAUGGAAAUCUACCCCCACAAGAUCAACCAUCUCAAGUUGAACUUCGAAACCUCCAAUUGUCAUCAGACGGGUGUCUUUUCUCGUUGUGAUACAUUCAAAAACCAUCUAAAAGCUUUACAUUUCGAAUACCCACCAGGAACCAAGAAGAAAGACCGGUUGCUUGUUUCGGGCAGAUGCAAACACUGUGGGUUGAAAUUCAAAAAUGUGGAUGUUUGGUUAAAGACUCAUGUGGGGAAGGAGUGUGGGCAUACAUACCAUUGA